UACAAUCAAUGAGGCUUGCAAGGUGCUUUGGGGACAAGCAAUCUCUUUUAUCAGACCGACUGAGCAACCGCGUCCUUAGGCCAACAGGGCUACGACCGAAAACCCUACAUCGGAUUUGUAUUUAGUGAAUCUGAAUCAACAGCAUUAGAACAAUUUGAAGGUGGCCCUUGUGCAGUGAUUGCACCAGUUCAGGCAUUCCUUUUGAAGAGACUUUUUGCCAGUGAGAAGUCUACUUGGAGAGAGUGUCAAGAGGAAGAACAGAAGAACCUCCUCUCACAUACAUUAUGUGACAUUUUGGAAAUGGUUUGCUCUGAUAAUUCAGAAUCAUACUCUUUGGCAACAUGGAUAAGAGGCAAAACAACCGAAGAAACUGCUAGUAUUUCUGAGAGUCCUGCAGAGUCAAGUCAUCAAGAGGAACAACCUUCUGCCUUGGCUGUCGAAGAGCUUGGCUUUGAGCGAUUUCAUGCAUUAAUUCACAAGCAAGCGUUCAGAAGCUUUCCAGAACUCAAGGAUGCAGUUUGGGAUCAGUAUUCAAUGUGGACAAACAGAUUUGGAGUAUUGCUGUUUCUGUAUUCUGUGAUAUUGACCAAGGGUAUUGAAAACAUAAAAAACGAAAUUGAAGACUCAACAGAACCAUUAAUAGAUCCUGUUUAUGGCCAUGGAAGCCAAAGCUUAAUUAAUCUCUUGCUGACGGGACAUGCUGUCUCUAAUGUGUGGGAUGGAGAUAGAGAGUGCUCAGGAAUGAAACUUCUUGGCAUACAUAAACAGGCAACUGUAGGCUUUUUGACCGUAAUGGAAUCUCUGAGAUAUUGUAAGGUUGGCUCCUACUUGAAAUCUCCAAAGUUCCCUAUUUGGAUACUUGGCAGUGAAACACACCUCACAGUCUUUUUUGCCAAGGAUAUGGCCCUUGUUGCACCUGAAGCUCCUUCAGAACAAGCCAGAAGAGUUUUUCAAACAUACGAUCCUGAAGAUAAUGGAUUUAUAUCUGACACACUUCUAGAGGAUGUAAUGAAGGCUUUAGAUCUUGUAUCAGAUCCUGAGUAUGUAAACAUUAUGAAGACCAAGUUAGACCCAGAAGGACUAGGAAUUAUAUUAUUGGGUCCCUUUCUGCAAGAAUUUUUCCCUGAGCAGGACUCCAGGGUUCCAGAGUCAUUCACUGUUUAUCACUACAAUGGAUUGAAGCAAUCUAAUUAUAAUGAAAAGGUCAUGUAUGUAGAAGGAACAGCAGUUAUUAUGGGCUUUGAAGAGCCAAUGCUACAGACUGACGACACUCCAGUGAAACGCUGUUUGCAAACCAAGUGGCCAUAUAUAGAGUUACUGUGGACUACAGAUCGAUCUCCUUCAUUAAACUGAUGCGUUUAAAUUAUAUACCAUACCACUAGCUAAUGCUUGAAUGAGGGUAUAGGAAAUGGCAGUAUACGCUAUACUUUGGCUGCAAGAAGUUAUACACUGGUAUCAUUGACAAACUGUAAAUAAUGAUUACAAACACUUUUUUCAGUGUUAAUUGGAAUAUUUAAUUUUUUAAUCAAAUUGAUUUUUAUUACAAUAGUUUGUCAUUUUUUGGCCGUUGUAAUGCUGUUAAUGUAAAUUUGUUUCUUUAAAAAGCCCAUUUAUUCAGUCUAAGAUUAUUUAGCAUCUCAAAGAUUUGAAAAGUGUCCAAUAUUGCAGUAUCUGCAUAUUAGGAAUCAAAUUGAUCUUUCAUAUAUAAAACCAUUCCUUUGCUUCUUCUUGAAUCAUUUGGCCAUGUUUUAUUAUUUGAAUAUACUGGCUUACAUUACAGUAUCCUAAUUUUUGGACAAGAUUAGCCUUUGCACUGAAUGUGUUUAAAUGAGUUUAAACUUUCUGCAAUUUUUUCUAAAAUCUGGCUUUAACUAAACAGCUUGCACAAAAGUGGUAUAAUUAUGAUAUAUUUCUAGGAAUAUUACUCAGUAUAAUUCAUAAAUGCUUUUUCUUGGCAGUUGUGUAUUGCUGUGGCUUAGCUAUCCGGCAUGUUAAAAGUGAAGACAGGAUCUGAGAAUAAAUAGAUGUAUUGAUAUUUAUUCAAAGUUGUAUAAAGGAAAUGUAAAAAAUCAACAGCAGAAAGAAUUUGUUCUAUAAUCCUUAAACUGUUCAGAUUUAUAGUAUUGCCAAGUACCUCUCUCCGUUUGUCCAAACAGCAGUGUAAGCCAGCUUUAUUGUAUGUGUUAAGUGCAUGAGACCAUCUGUUAUUACAUUAGUAUAUUCUGUUAUUUAUUAUCGACUUGUUAACCCUAAAUAAAGACUUUUCCCUGAA